AUGGAUCCUUAUAAGUUGCUCUCCCGAUCUACAAAUCUCUCCAAAGGCCGACCAAAGCAGUCGCGGCGUGUUGCACCAUCCGACGGUCCACCUUCGCACCCUCAGCUCUUCGCAUCCCGCGAUGAGGCUGCCUCCAGCACCUUAGGGAAGCGGAAACGAGAUACUGUACGGAAAGAGGCAGAUCCCGAGGACUUUUUCAAUGAACGAGGCAAGGAGAAUGGAUCAUCGGCAAGGCAGAAGUUGGAGUCAGUGGUCGGUGGGGCGUUAGACGAAGAGAAUGAUGACGCCGAAGAUGAAGGUCGGAGUCAGCCUCGUAUGCGAUUGUCCAUCGAAGAGCGCAAGAGCAUUUUACAUCAGCACAAAGUGAAAGUGACGUGGCUCAAUUCGCAGCAACUUCUGCAUCCUACGAAGAGACCGAAAGGAAAGAAAGUCAAGGCAGAAAAACCUCGACAUAGACUGUUCCCCGAACCUUUACAAGCUCUACGGAAUCUCGGCCAGCUUUAUGGAGUCUCUGGACAAUUGCAACGCAACAUCAUCGAUCAGAGCUAUGAUGAUGCGACGGAGGUUCAACUGGCUGCCAUCCCCUUGCUACUGAAUACCGCCAAGGAGAACAUUCCAGAGCUCGCAGGAUCUACUGAGAAGUUGAAGAUCGAUCUGUUAGCCGUGGCGCCGACGGGGAGUGGCAAGACUUUGGCUUUCCUCAUACCGUUGCUGCAUUCGGUGAUUUCCAGGCGACACCAAGCAUCUCAAACAGAACACCAGACCUCAGCCAUUAUCCUGGCUCCUACGAAAGAGCUUGCAGCUCAAAUAACGAACGAGGGCAGGAAGCUGGCAAAAGGCUGUGGGGUGACCGUCUCGCAGAUGCGAAAGGGGCUGAAGCUUCCCACGCGCUCUUCAUCAACGAAGGAAACCACCGAUGAUUCGCAAGAUGUGGACGAUGUCGAGUCGACCGGCAGCGUGCUAAGAGCCGACAUCAUUGUCUCUGCGCCUGGGCUUCUGCAAAAUGCCAUGGCGGAAUGUCGGGAUUUAUCGUGGCAGAUACAUCAUAUGAUCCUUGACGAAGCCGACGUGCUGCUCGACCCGGCGUUUCGAGAGCAAACUCUGGAUAUAUGGAACGCCCUCAAUGAGCCAGAACUUCGGGUGAGCCUGUGGUCCGCCACGAUGGGCAGCAACAUCGAAGACCUGGCGAGGUCCACGAUUGAUGAGCGCUCUCAACGACUCGCCUCGACGAGCACACCAGCACCACUAGUACGGCUUGUAGUGGGCCUGAAGGACUCCGCUGUGCCGAACGUAUCCCAUCAAUUGAUAUAUGCCGCCACAGAGAAGGGCAAGCUGAUGGGUUUACGACAACUUUUGCAUCCAACCACCACGACUAAAGGUGCAAGUCAGUCUUUGAGGCCGCCGUUCCUCAUCUUCACCCAGACUGUGGAACGCGCCAUCGCACUCAACUCCGAACUGCUGUACGAUGUACCCGCAGAAGCUGGCGGCAGCAGCCGAAUUGCCGUCUUGCACUCAGACCUGUCCGACACCGCGCGCGACAGCAUCAUGACGAGAUUUCGAAAGGGCGAGAUUUGGGUUCUCAUUACGACUGACCUGCUUUCCCGCGGUGUCGAUUUUCGUGGUGUUAAUGGAGUGGUCAAUUACGACAUCCCGACCUCAAGUGCUGCUUACGUACACCGCAUCGGCAGAACGGGCAGAGCGGGGCGAGAUGGCGGUGUGGCGGUGACCCUUUACAGCAAAGAAGAUAUGCCGUAUUUGAAGCACGUGGCGAAUGUGGUAUCGAUGGCGCAAAAACAGCAGGGCACAGAGGGAGGCGUUGACGACUGGCUCCUAGCUGCAUUGCCGAAGCUCAGCAAGCGGGACAAAAAGAACCUCAAGACUCAUGGGAUCGAGUCUCGCACUGCGCGUGGUCAGAUCAAAGAUCCAAAGGCGGCGAGACAAUCGCGAAUCAGCACCAAAGCGGGCUUUGUGCGCAGAGUCGAAAACAAUCGCAAAGGUGCGAUUCUGGGGUCGCAAAGGAGAGCGCAAAUCAACCUCCGAACGGCUGAUGACGAUGAUGAAGAGGGCGAGUUUGGAGGGUUUGAUUGA